AUGGCACCGUCCAAGAUUGUUGCGGAGUAUGCGAAAUCGAAUCGUUCUAUGUGCAAGACAUGCUCCGAAGCCAUACAAUCCAAAACCCUAAGACUGGGAUUGGUCUCAAGGGACAUGAGGAGAAACAUGGACAUUACGAAAUGGCACCACUUCACUUGCUUCCCUCUACCCUCCUCCAACUCUUCUCCUAACACCAUUACCGGAUUUUCCUCCUUGAAGAGCGGUGACCAGGAAGCUCUCACGAAGUUAUUUGCUGGAAAGGACAAGUCUGAAGAGGCUGGUGAAGCAACGGAAGACAUACAAAACGAAAAGCAAGAUACCGAAGAAAGUGGUUCAAAGAAAAGAAAAUUAUCCACGUCUGAGGUUAAUAUCACCUUUUCCGUUUCUGAUGUCAAGAGUACAUACAAGGAUGCUACCCUUUUGCCUAAAUGGAAGGCAUUCCAGACAGUCAUUUUUCUUGAAGGGGAUGAUGGUUUGCAAGAUUCAAGUAAAAUCGCUGCAUUUGAUUUUGAUGGGUGUCUUGCGAAAACUGCUGUGAAUAUAACAGGUCCUAAUGCUUGGUCCCUCAUGUAUCCCUUAAUUCCUGAUAAACUGCAAACCUUAUACAACGAUGGCUACAAACUGGUAAUUUUCACCAAUGAAUCCAAUAUUGAUCGUUGGAAGAAUCAAAGACAAAAAGCCGUGGACUCAAAAAUUGGACGGCUAAAUCAGUUUAUUGAGAAAGUGAAGGUCCCAAUUCAGGUUUUUAUAGCUUGUGGGACAGGUGGUAAAUCAGGCAAGGCUGGAACAAAGGAAGCUGAUCCUUUUCGGAAACCAAAACCAGGAAUGUGGCACCUUAUGGAGAAACACUUCAACUCUGGCAUUACCAUUGAUAUGGAUCAAUCAUUUUAUGUCGGUGAUGCAGCUGGAAGAGAAAAAGAUCACAGUGAUGCUGAUAUUAAAUUCGCAGAGGCUAAUGGUUUGAAGUUUUAUCUCCCUGAAGAGUACUUUGACGCAUGA